AUUCAACAUGCAAACCGUACUCGCAGUUUUCGUAGGAUGCAUCGCUGUGGCAAUGGCCAGUGAAUACGCCACCAAGGCAUAUGAGCCCAAAUACCCAACUGAUGGUUAUCAGAGGAAUGAUGGCUAUGACCAGGAAUCCUACGUAGCACCAAGCUACAAUGGACAUGAUAGCUACAAAGCCCCAAGCUAUAACACCCGUGACAGCUACAAAGCCCCAAGCUACAACACCCGUGACAGCUACAAAGCCCCAAGCUACAACACCCAGGACAGCUACAAAGCCCCAAGCUACAACACCCAGGGCAGCUACAAAGCCCCAAGCUACAACACCCAGGACAGCUACAAAGCCUCAAGCUACAAUGGCUAUGAAGCCCCAAGCUACAAUGCAUAUGAAACCAAGAGCUACAGCUACUGCAACAGCUACGGAUAUGGAUCCUACAUGUACAACACAUGCAGAAAAUGUGCCACCACCUACAGCAGCUACUUCACAUGCCCCAAGAGCUACUACCCAGCUGAAACAUAUGUUGCCCAGCCAAGCUACGGACAUGAUAGCUACAACAGGCAAAACAGCUACAACAGCCACAACAGCUACAACGCAUACCAGGCCCCUGCCCAAAAAUUCGACUUCAAGCACUCUGACAACAGCUGUUUCUGGCAGUGCGAUGCCUCCGGAAAAGCCCUUGCCCGUCCCUGCCCUUACGGACUUGUCUUCGAUGAGUACAAGGGUGUCUGUGUUACCAAGGAAUACUAA